AUGUCGUUCUUCAGCGGGAUUCCCGUCGCCCCGCCAAUCGAAGUUUUCCAUCGGAAUAAGCAAUAUUUGGACGAAAAAGCCCCUGAAAAGGUCAAUUUGACCAUCGGAGGUCCAUAUAAUGUUUUAUUAUGAUAUUUUAUUUUGAAGUAGAACUUUCAAUAAUAUCAAUGGGAAACAGAGAAGACUUGAAGAUUCAAUUUUUUUUUCUGUAUUUCGUAUAACAUAGGCAAAGUCGGAAGGAACCUCCGAGGGUCCAUGAAGGACCAUAGAAAUGUUCCUUUUAGGGUGAUGAAGGCUCUCUUUUUGCUGCCUCUCCCUUUCUCCACCAUUUCUCGAGCCUUUAAAAUCCCAGAAAAAUGGAAGGCUCGAUAAAGGGAGUCUCUUUGCUGCCUUUUUGCUGCCUGUCUGCGGCCUUUUUUGAGCCUCUCCCUUUUAGCAGCCAUUAUACACCAUUCCGACUUUGCCCGAGAAGUUGAGAACAGAAAAAUUCCGUUAAAUACAUUUUAAAUGGUUUUUUAUUCAAAAAUUCAACUUUUUCUUUCUUCUUCUUCAACUAAUUUAUCAGAUUUUUCUUGAUGAGAAAGUUGAAUUGGCUUUUUUCGGAAGUCCAACAUUUUAAAGUUUGUAAUUUAUUAUUUCAGUAGAGAAUAAGAGAGUUUUAGCGUCAAAAGUCGUUUGAAAUAUGGAAAAAUGUGAACUUUUUAUAUAAUGUAUUGUAUCAGGGAUAUCUUGCGAACAUUGUAGGAAUAUCUCUUCUAAUGUUUCACAACGAAUUUUUGUUGAGUUCGAAAAUGAAAUAUCAUAUUUCUGUUGAUUUGAAAAAGUUUGAAGCCUACCGUACGAAUGAGGGCGUGCCGAUGGUCCUACCCGUAGUGAAGCAAGCCGAAAUCGAGCUGGCCAACGAUUCCAGUCUCAACCACGAAUAUUUGCCCGUCCUGGGCCACGAAGGCUUCAGAAACGCCGCCAUGGAGCUGGUCCUAGGAGAGGACUCACCAGCCAUCAAGGAGAAAAGGGUCAAAAGUUCAAAAAAAAAAAGACCGUUUCCACUUUUUUUCUACAGUUGUGAAUUAACUUUUUCUCUCGGACGUUUCAUUUUAAAAAAAACUUUUUCAUCAAAUUUGACAUUUUGAUCAUUUAUUUACUCGUUAAAUCUCAAUUGUUUUUUUUUCUGUCGUUCUUUUUCUCGAUGCUUCAUUUUUUUGAAAAAGCUACUUUUUGCAAGAAAUUUUAUAGUUUAUUGACCUUUCAAGCGUUUAUCUAUGUACUCGUUCAUUUCAAAAAUUUUUUUAUAGUUUUUUUAUUUUCACAAUAAUCUUCCAUUUUUGUUGGAAAUUGAUAAGUUGCAGGCUUUCGGAAUCCAAUGCCUUUCGGGAACCGGUUCCCUCAGAGCCGGUGCUGAAUUUCUUGCCGGAGUUGUCGGUUUGAAGACGGCCUAUGUUAGUCAGCCGACCUGGUUUGUCGUUUUAUUCGAAAAUAUAGUAGAAAAGAAAAGAGUUUUCUGUUGGAAAAUAGACGAAAUCUUUCUCAUUAUCGAAAAUUAGUAGAAAAAAAUGACAAAAGAGAUGAAACUUUUUUCAAUUUCCGAAAUCUGCGUUUGGAGAAUCGAAACGUUCAGGGGAAACCACAAACUUGUGUUCAAGAACGCCGGCUUCACUGCAAUCAACACUUACACAUACUGGAACGCUGAGAAACGAUGUGUUAAUAUCGAUCAGCUGGUCGACGAUUUGGACAAUGCGCCCGAGAAGUUGGAUUUCGACUUUCCAGAAAAAAAUCAUUAAUCAUUCAGAGAUAAGAAAAAUCCGCUUAGUUUUUUCCACGCUCUUUUUCAGCCCAAGCCGCACUUUUUUACGAUAUAAAUUCAUUUUCUCAACCCAGAAAUUCAAAAAUUUUGUUCCUAGAACGCGUUUUUUCAAGAUAUUUAUAGCUAUGUAAAUUUUUCAACGACAGAAAAUGAAUAUUUUAUUUUUCAAUCAAAAAAUAGUUUUUUAUUCUUUGAUGAAUUUAGCGUCGAAGUUGCAGCAGAAUAUCUCUUCGAAUCUUUAUUUUUUGAUUUUUUAUUGGAGAAGUUCAGAUCAGUGAUAAUCCUCCACGGCUGUGCCCACAAUCCAACCGGAAUGGACCCGACCCAAGAACAAUGGAAGCGAAUCGCCCAGGUCAUCAAGGUUCGGACCCUCGCAACGAAAACUACCGUAAUCCUCGUCGAUGCAGAAGCGAAACCUCUUCCCCUUCUUCGACAUCGCCUACCAAGGCUUCGCGACCGGAGAUCCCAACGCCGACGCCUGGGCAGUUCGGUAUUUUGUCGACCAGGGUUUGGAAAUGGUCGUCGCCCAAUCUUUCGCCAAGAAUUUCGGACUCUACAGUAGGAUUUUUGGAUACUGUAGAGCUUACUGUGAUUUUUGUAGAUGAGCGUGUUGGCAAUCUGACUGUGGUGGUUAAUGACAAGGAGGUCAUUCCCGGAUUCUUGUCCCAAAUGUCGCUGGUUAUAAGAGCGAAUUGGUGGGUUUGGAAGAGACGCCAGAGAGAUAAGAGGGUUUUCUGCUUCUCUGCCGUCUCUUCAGAACGCCUUGUUCUCUAACUUCUUCCGUUUUCGGACUGAUUUUGAUAAGCUAUAAUCAGUUGAAAAACCAAAUUUUGCCCAAGAAGGAUACCUAGUUUUGGUAACGAAACUGAGAUAGCCGACAGCUAGCUUGGGAAGAUAAGGGGCGUGGCCUGUCUGCUUUUCCACCAACCUGGCACUUUUUUCUUUUUCAAAUCGUGUCGGGAUUGUUUUUGGAUGUCUCAAGCCAGCCGUAGAUAAGCUAUAACCCAGCCUGAAAUAGAAACAGCUGUAUAUAACUUUUCCGAAAAAUGAAAUGUUAAUACCAUUUUUUCGGAAUUUCCUUUGACUCAUCCAGGUCGAACCCGCCGGCUCACGGAGCCCAAGUGGUGCAUCUAGUGCUGACCAAUCCAGACAAACGACAACAAUGGAUGGACUCUAUCAAAGUUGAACUUCCAAAAAACAGUUAAGAAAAAGAUAUUUCAGGAGAUGUCUGGUCGAAUCAAGACGAUGCGAGAAGCUCUUAGGACAAAACUUGAAGCUCUUGGAACCCCUGGAACCUGGAACCAUAUCACGGAGCAGAUCGGAAUGUUCAGCUUCACUGGCUUGACUGGUAAAGAUUUUAGAAGGACAUUUUUUUGAAAAAUUGUCGUCAGAAAAAGGACAGCAAUUAAGAGUUUUUGAACUUGGAAUUGCGAUGUUCUUGUUUCGCUUUAUAUGACUUCGUUAUCAUGAGACUCCAGGAUUGCUAGAGGAUUUUGGACACUUAGAAUACUAAAAAAAAUAUGUAAGCGCAAAUGCAGCCCAUUUCGCGAUAGGUUGUCAUAAUUUUUCUCUUCCUCUGAGCUACGGAACCCUUCCGGGAAAGUCAGUCUAAACUUUCCUUUAUAUUAAAGGCGCACACGCGGAGACGGGCCGCGCGUAUCGAAGUGAAGCUUCCCGAAAAGGUUGUGAAGUUUAAGGAUAGUAAAAACCGUGACAAGCUGGUGCGGAAUGGGCUGCACCGUGAACUAUUGUGCGCGUUGAAAAGAGCUUCCAAAAUAUUCGCAGUUUUUGCUAAAACGAAGCGUUCCAAACGCGAUCAUGACUUCAUAGUAAUUCGUCAAAAAAGCUUCAGAUUUUGAUUGUCAGUUCGUCGCUCAAGCUCCGCCCCUAAUGGCGCUAUAAACCAAUCAGAUAGCGAGCCAUCCACAAAGAAUUUUCGAAUGAUUUCAUUAUACUUUACAUUCAAAAUCUUAACAGACUAUAUGCUGAAUAUUUGUAAAAUCUAGCUUGAAAAAUCAACAACGCAACGUUUUUCGUUCUUUCAGGGGCUCAAGUGGACCACCUGAUCAAGGCCUACAAGAUUUUCCUCCUCUCCGACGGUCGGAUCAACAUCUGCGGCCUCAACACUUCCAACAUUGACUACGUUGCCAACGCCAUCGACAGAACUGUUCGCUCUAUUUGA